AUGGCAGCGCCACAGAACAUCAAGCCUGCUCCGGAGUUCAGUAAAGAUUUCUUGCGUAACAUGAGAGACUUGCAGAACAGCAUGGAAGAUUUCAGCCGUGUUCACGAUGCUGCAAUCAACUUCAUUACCCCGCCCACCAACUUCUCAGAUGAAGGUCUCUCGUCGGCUCUGUACCUGAUCCUCUUCAUGACCACUAUCGUCCUAUUCAUAGCUGCUCAAGUCCUUCCUUGGCGAGCAGUCUUCCUUGUUACAGGUUGGGUGCUCGUCGGCGCUUGCCAUCCGCGUGCGCAGACCUUCCUCGAAGAGACACACGUGGAGGAGUUCAUCGAAGAGCAAGGUCAGCACGCCGCGCACUGGCUGCAUGCUUUCGCUGAAUCGGACAUCGACCUAUCACAUGCGCCGGAGCAGCGCGAGGUCGAAAUAUUUGAGCUCCAACGGCGUGCAUCGGAUGCCCCGGACGCCGAAUACGAGCCCUUCCUGUUCACGACACACCCGUACACGCCACUAUCUCCCGCGCGCAUCGCUGGCGACCGGCCUCGCGGGUCACGCUUCUUCGAGGAUGUCGAGGCCCCUAAUGGCUGGCGCUGGGCAGACAAGAAGUGGACGCUGGAUCUCUUGUCACGGGACUGGGUUGAGGACCGCUGCAUCACUGGCGUCGAGGUCGAGAUCGAGGGCGAGCGCUGGGUCAGCGACAUUCAGUACGACGAAGGCAUCGACUUCGCCUCCCUUGCCCUUGCCUCCAACGAGGACAUCACCAGGACGGGUGUCGCGGCCGCCGGGCUCGCGCUCGUCGGUGGCGGCAACGGCCUCGCGGCGCAGUCCACGCCAAACUUGGGGCAGACUGCAACAUUGAGACCGAGGCCAGCGGUCAAGAGUUGGGAGGAGGGCGAUGGGAGCAGGAAGAAGGGCAUGUGGAGGCGGAGGAGGUGGGUGCGGCUCGUAGAGAGGCGGCCGCUGCCACCACCAGAGGAUGUGUACUUGAGCGCGCAGAACGAGUAG